AUGCUCUGCUCAAGGAAUCUCAGUGUUGUUCUCUCGUCUAUGGUCCUCCUCGUUGUCCAGACCAGUCAUGGUGCUGAAAUUAUUGGAGGUCAAGUAGUGUCGCCUCAUUCGAUGCCUUUCAUGGCUCUGCUGGAGAAAAAUGCACCAGCCUGUGGAGGAAUACUGAUCAGUCCAAAAUGGGUCCUGACUGCUGCCCACUGCACUGAUAUCAAGACAGUCUUGCUGGGGGUGCACUCCAUAAAAUCCAUAAAAGAGGAGAAGGAUUUGAGGCAGGUCCUAAAGGUGCAGAAACGGAUUCCUCAUCCCUGCUAUGACAAAUCUGACAAAGUCAAUGACCUCAUGUUGCUCAAGCUCAGCAAAUCAGCAAAGAAAACCAAAACGGUUCAAUGGCUCGAUUUGGGUAAAACCAUCAAAGACCCAGCAAGUGGCUCCACCUGCAAGGUGGCUGGAUGGGGGGCAACAAAUAAUGUUGCCAAAAAAAUGUCUGAUGUCCUGAUGGCUGUCAAUGUGACUGUGGUGGACAGAGUGAAGUGCAACUCUCCUGACUAUUACAACUUAAACCCUGUCAUCACUAAGGGCAUGAUAUGUGCUGGUUAUGUUGGUAAUAAACCUGCUGAUAGCUGCCAGGGUGAUUCAGGUGGGCCGCUGUUGUGCAAUGGAGUACUAGUCGGAGUCACUUCUUUUGGACAGAAGUGUGGCCUCAUUAAAAAGCCUGGAGUUUACUCUUUUCUGUCACAAAAACAACUCGACUGGAUCAAAAAGACAAUGAAGAAGUCUGAAAUACAAUGA